AUGCCCAGAAAACCCACACCGGCGGCCAAGCAGCGGGUUCGGACUGGUUGCCUGACCUGUCGGAAAAGGAGGAGAAAAUGUGAUGAGCAGAAACCGAGAUGUGCCAACUGUGAGAUUAAGGGGCUCGCGUGUAAAUAUAGCUCUGAUUUGGCAUUCGUGCCGCACCGCGAGGGGGUUGGUUCCGGUGCGUCGAGACAGGCAUAUAACAGUAUUACAUUUGUCGAUGAUUCACCCCUUGCAGCUGCAAAUAAGGAGAAAUCAAAGGCCCUGCAGAAGCCUGCAGAUGAUUCUCAGAGCGAUGGCAAUACUGGUUUUUCUUUUGAUGAAUUGCAGUCUUCGGCUGACGGCCCAGAUAAUCCCGGGGAUGUGCGCCGUGCCUUUGGAUUCCAAAACAUAUUGUCAUCGGUGGGUCCCAAUGUCAACCUUUCUGAGCCUCCAAUCCCGUUUGUCGGUGAACCAAGUGCGGCGGGUACUCGAUAUAUGAAUAGUGCUCCAUACUUCGGAUACCGAUCUGUCACUAGCGGCAGAACUGUCGAACGACGAGGGAUCCUUACAAGUGGCAGUCAUGAGACCGACCUGCUUCGACAUUUCCGGUACCACGUUGGUCCUUGGAUCGAUACCGGGGACCCUGAGCUCCCAUUUGGCCUCCAGGUUCUUCUGCUCUCGCGAACCAACAGAGCUCUUCAAGCUGCAGUCCUUGCACUGUCUGCAGGUCAACGACUUCUCGUGGCAUCGCCAGAUAGCAAGGACUUAGAAAGCAGCCAGAAAUUGCGAAAGGAAGCGGAAGAGACUCUUGUGCUUGAAUAUGAUCUGGCUAGAUAUGCUGGCCAUACCCUCUUGAUGCUUCAAGAUGCUCUGUCCGCUGGACCGCAGCAGUGGAGAAGCCUUCUGGUUCCCAAAAUAGAGCAUAUAAGUGACUUUGCGUCACGAGCAGUGGGAGAAGAGGUUGGGGACGCUUUGUUUUGGCUUUACUUUCGACUUGAUCUGGCGGGGUCAAUAUCCUCUUCAAAACCACCACUUAUGCCCUUUCGGUCAUUAUUACGACGAGAUGGCACCUUAUUACACCACCCACAAUCGAUGCGGCCUCAGACCGUCAACUCCGUAUACAAGCACAUAUUGUGUCUUCUGGGACACUGCCUGGCCCUAAUACACGGCGAUCGAGAAAUGUCCUCUCCCCACACAAUCACAUCACCAAAUCUGACAGCAUUCCCAUCUCUACGACAAUCGCACUCCCUAUCACAAUGGACAUUCCUCUGGUCAGACUGCCAGAAAUGGUACAACGAGCGACCAGUAAACGUGCAGCAGAUAGUGGACAUCCGCGGCGGCGAAGCCGAUCAAAUUGACCCUGACCACGACUCCUCAUUCCCAAUCCUUAUCUACACGACGCCAAUGGCGCUGGUCGCCAACGCUGUCUACCACACGAUCUCCCUCUUAUUGCUCACGCAUAAGCCACGGCUUCUGAAAUCACUGCCUGGGCCGAGAUCCGUCACGUCGCAUAUCUGGCACGCGCAGUCGAUCGCCGGGAUCGCAGCAAGUAAUGACUCCCCUGAACAAUGGGACCCGAUAUUAGUUGCGAGUCUUCUCAUUAUCGCUAAGGAGAUGACACAUGAAUCCCAGCAAGCGGUUCUCCUAGACCGUUUUUCCAGGAUAACAGCUACAACCGGCAUCAAACUGGACCGAGAGACCGAGGCGCUUCAAGCGGCGUGGAACUUGGCGCGGUACGAGGAGGAAUUCGACGAUGAAGCUGACGCUAUGAUUUCAUAA